AUGCAUGAUGUUCAGAUGGAAAUGUCUUCGAAUGGCAUUGACAUGAAUGGUACAUUUCAGCAGAAUAAGCUGAGUUUGAGCGAGAUAUAUAAAAAAAUGAACACAUCGAUAGAUGUGACGAAACGAAUUCGCUACGGGCCAGGAGAAGGUGGGAUACGUGUUGAUAUUGGAAAAUUAAAUAUUUCGUUGCAACAAUUUAAAGCGAAUAACGAUAAGCAUCGAUUCAACACGUUCAUUAGCGACUUGGUCAGUUUACGAAGAAAAAUAAUGGACAUUCGACCAGCUGAUUGUCAAAAGAUUGAGUAUCCCGACGAUUUGCCCCAAAUUGGAGUGGUGAUCAUUUUUCGCGAUGAAUGGCCAAGUAUUUUACUCCGGACUGUCUACAGCGUUUUACAAAUGACACCAGAAAUACUUCUGAAGGAGAUCAUACUGGUAGAUGAUGGCUCAAAAGACAUUGAACUAAGACUUAAAGUAGCGAUUCACGCAAAGGCUUUGGAAAAAGUUCGCAUUGUCCGCCAUGAAACGUCACGUGGUCUAAUGAUGGCGCGCCAAAGUGGAAUUGCAGCAGUAACAGCCAGGUAUUUUGCUGUUUUGGACGGACACAUGGAGGUUGGAACUAAAUGGGCUGAGCCCCUUCUUCACCGUUUGGUCCAAGAGCCCAAUGCAUUGCUUUGCUCUCAUGUAGGCAGAAUAGACAAAGACGAUUUCCAUUUCGAGCUUUCUACCAACGAUCCUUAUGAUCUCCAGUUUGAUGAUCAUUUCCCAUUCUUCGACCAGGUGACGCUUGACCAAAGGUGGACCUUUUACAGUGACGAUUUCCGCCAAAAGCGUAAUCAGAGUGUUGCGCCGAUUCCAUAUGCAGUUAUUCAAGGCAUGAUGAUGGUCAUGCGCAAAGAGUUCUUCAUGUCCAUUGGUGGUUUUGACCCUGGCAUGCGUAUUUGGGGGAGUGAACAAAUUGACAUUUCUGUAAAAACUUGGCUCUGUGGAGGCCGCGUCGAAAUGGUUCCUUGCUCAACUGUCGGUCAUAUGUUUAGAAUUACUCCAUGGGGUGGCUUCACGAAAGAAAACGAUUUUCACUCAAGAAACAAGAUCCGAUUUGCGCGUGUAUGGCUUGAUCCGCCAUAUUCUGAACUGUUUGAAGACUAUGUAAGCACCAGAAAUGUUACCGUGGGGGACCUGUCCGAAAGAAUGUCCAUUCGACGAAGAAACAAGUGCAAGCCAUACCAAUACUUCGUCAACGUAAUUAAAUCCAUAUCGGACGUUUAUAUUCCAAGAGAUAUUAAAAGGAAAGGUCAAAUUAAAAACCGGGCUAGCAAGUUGUGCUUCGAUUUGGCAAAAGAAAAUGAAAAAUACACGUUAAUUCAGUAUUCUUGUUAUGCCGUAAGUCCGCCAAAUCAGUAUUUCAUCUUUACACCUACUGGACAAAUUCGCUCUAUUGAAGGCAACACAGUGUCUGUUGUCAUAAAAAAUGAUACUGUGAAAGUUGAGGCCGUUGUAAGACAAGUGGAUAGAGGCGAAAACGGAACAAAGUGGAUAUAUGAACCUGAUGGAAGUAUACGGAGUGAAGAUUUUGCAAAUCUCUGCAUUACGGCAACAAAUGAAAGAUCACCUAUGCUGACGAAAUGUGACGGUAGUCUUGCUCAGAGUUGGAUCUUCGGGAAAAAACGUGAUGCAGCUGUUGCAAAGCCUUAA